CUUUCAGAUCCGAAUGUCGAACGAAUGUUGUGGAUCCAUUCUGGAAGGCCACCAUUCCCAAGAUGUUUUGGCUCUGUUCAUUAUUUGUGUCCAUUUGGGUUGAGUUUUCGGGCGCUCUGGGUCAUGAAGAUUUAAGUGCUCAUAGACAUCCACGAAAUUUGGCUGUGGGUCCCGAAUCUGCACUUUAUGACGCAAAACACGGGAUCAAAAUGGGUGUGCCGAAUGGAGGCUGCGACGAUGCUCAGACGGGGCUGGACAUGGAUUGGGAUGGAAGUCCGACUGAGUACGUUUGCUACUAUCCAACUAAGCCUUUGAUUCCCAACCGGAAGACCAAGUCCAGAUUGGAGUGCGUCCAUUUAGCCUCAGAUUACUUGCCUAGACAUUUUUGCAUGAAUGAGAAAUUGACGUACAACGCGAGCAUUCCCACCCAUGGGGAUCAUAGACCAUUGUGGCCCAAGUUUGGAGAAUAUCGUUACGUUCCUCCUCAAAGAUGGCUCCAUAAUAUUGAGCAUGGAUCGGUGGUGAUGCUCUAUCAUCCUUGCACCCAUCACCGCGUGGUUGAUAAAUUGAGGCAAAUCGUCAAAGGGUGCCUUCGCAAGCACAUCAUUACCCCUUCAGCCGCUUUGACGCGGAAACGGCCAUUGGCUUUGGUGGCCUGGGGAUGUCGACUCACCAUGUCCGGAGUCAAUGAAACCGAGGUGGUCCAGUUCAUACGUGAUAAAGGAUUAAAAGGACCAGAAGGAAGUUUGCCUAAAGAAGGACAGUACGAUUUCCAUCUGCUGGAACAGGCUCAAGUCGUCCCUGGGUCGGACGAGCGAGAUGGUCACAUCUGUCCUCAUUACUCAUGAAGCAUAUUAUACAUGUUCAUUAAACAUCCUCGCCAACA